CAAUACCGAAGGACUAACUGGCGAAAGGAUCAACUCCAAUCACAGUAGUAACAGUCUUAACAUACCUCAUACUACAAACCACAUAUAAUUAAUCCCAGCACUACUCCCUUUGGAGUCAACCAAAGCUACGACAGUCGAGUGGCGGGACAAGCUACGCAGAAGUUUACCGAAGAUCAAGAACCUAUACCUCACAAUCAAGAAGCGAGCACAAAGAAAUCAAAUUGGUUUAUACUAGCUCGUAAAAACGAUAUUGGAUAACCGCGCCUAUUUUGCAGUAAGCGUUACGAAGUGUGGACGGCAUGCCAGUUCACUUUGAGAAUUUCCAAUAUUUCUCAAAGUUUCUAUUCAUCUUCCUGUUAACAUUUACACCUCAAUCAUCCUAUGCUCAAAUUGAAGGCAUCUAUUGUGGCAAAGAAAUUUGUUAUGAUGUCUUGCAGGUUACACGAGAAGAUGAUAAAGCACGAAUCCGUAAAGCCUACCAUGAAAUGGCACGGAAACAUCAUCCAGAUAGACAGAAGACAGUAGAAGAUAAACGCAAAGCUGAAGAACGCUUUCGUUUGAUCAAUACUGCAUAUGAAAUUUUAAGUGAUCCAGAACAACGACGUGAAUAUGACUACAUGUUGGAUAAUCCAGAUCAAAUGUAUUACCAUUAUUAUCGAUAUUAUCGACGUCAGUAUUCUGCUAAAGUUGAUGUCAGACUAGUGAUUAUAUCCAUCCUUUUGAUUAUCUCCUCAAUACAAUAUGCUGGUCAAUGGACUAGUUAUAAUCAUGCAUUAAGCUACUUGCUGAAAGAUCCAAAACAUCGUGCCAAAGCAAAACAAUACGCUACUGCUGAAGGUCUACUGAAUAUAUCAAAAUAUGAAGUUGGCAGACGGUUAACACGUGAUGAAUUAAAAGAACGCGAAGAAGAAUUACUGAAGCGUAUUCUAAAAGAGACUGUUGAACUUCGAGGGGAUUGUUGUCGACCGAGUUUAAAACGUGUUCUCCUCUUUAGGCUGUUAUUUUUCCCUUGGACUUGUUUCCUCUGGCUACGAUGGAUGCUUCAUUGGGUCAUCAAUUAUUGGAUACUACGUAGACCAUAUAAUGAAGAAGCGCAAAUUUUUAUAACUCGACGACGAUUAAAAAUGAAUGAAACAGAAUGGGAUUAUUUGGGGGCUGAACAACAAGCAAAAUAUUUAUCAAAAGAACUUUGGAUUAAAGAAAAUUAUCAGAAAUAUCUUGUUGAACAAGAAGAACACAAUAGAAUCCGUGCAGCAGAAGAUACAGACUUGAAACGUUAUCGUCGAUACACGAAACGUGCUGGACCACCGCCAAUCAAUCUUGAAGAUUUGUAUUAAUUCUUUUUUUGUUUUUGUUUUACUCUGGUUUUUUCUUCUCCUUUUGCUCUACAUUUUGUGGUAUCCCAUUUUUUGAUUUUCAUAUUUAUUUCUACAUGACAACUUUUUCGUUCUGUUGAAGCCGAAGAAGGAAGAGAGAGAGAGAGAGAGAGCCGGAGGAGUUUAGUGCAUUGUGCCUAUGUGUGUUUAUGUGUCUGAUAGGCAGUUCAGUGCAUGUACUUCUGUACUUCCUUUCAAAAAAGUGCAAUGUGUAUUCUUGUAAUUUUAUAUUCAUCUAUCUAUCUAUCUAUCUAUCUGUCUUAUGUAUGUAUAGGAAAUACGCUCAAUCGAUUCACAAUCACAUGAACACUAGUGGUUGGUGCUUCUUUUUUCAGCUCUUAUUAUUGUUCACACACACACACACACUGGGGUUGCUGUUUUUAUGUAAUAGUUUUCGUUUCUGUGAUGAUGAUAAUAAUGGUGAAUAGUAUUCAAGCGUAUCUUGCUUGCUUACUAACCAACUAACCAACUAACUUGCAUACUUUCUUGUUUGUUGUACUGCUGUUGUUCUUAAUAUUAUUAAUUAUCAACCACUCCAUGUGCCUUUCAAGAUGGAUGGUGUUCACCUAGGAGGAGGCGGGUUAUUUCUGCGUUGUAGGUUUUUUUUAUUGUUUAUGUAUUCUAUAUCUUAAUUUCAAUCGAUUAUUAUUAUUAUGAUUUGUAUGAAAGAAUAAUGUUAAUAAAGAAAAUCAAUAAAAGUAGUUCUUCUUCUCAGUCUUUUUCCCCGUGAAAAAUAUUUCUCCCUCUGUGUGUGUGUGUGUGCGUUUGAGUGUGAAUAUUUUGACCGUAAAGUCUUUCAAAUAUGGUUUUUAUCUGCUCCCCUUUUAGCAUAAUUAGUUUAUUGUCAGCAGGCGGUUUUUAGGGAUUUGAUUUUGUCUCGUCUUGAUCGU